AUGGCGCGCUCAAAGUCCAUUCGCGCGCCUACAACCGCAAGCCUACCCAGUAACCUUCGCAUCCCUUCAACCACCCCAUCACUGGUGAAGUCCUUUUCAAAGCUCUCGCGCCAGGCGUUACUAGACCUCGCAUUUUACUGGUUGGACGAUCACAAUGUCCAGUCAUUUCCGCCUUUUCUGACGAAAGAUGAGGUCGAUACAAUGGAGGAAGAUGAACUCAGCCCGUACCCUGCCGAGCGAACCAUUGAUGAUGUCCGGAACGCAUACCAAGAGCUCCAGGUCAGGAGGGGUGGAAAACGUGAGGUUAUCGAUCGUAUAUUAGAAGGAGAUUGGCGACACGGAAUCAGUUUGCGCCAGCUGGCUAUGCUCGACCUACGAUACAUGGAUGAUCAUCCAUCCAGUCUGCGAUGGUCGGCGUUGGAGCUCUUUCGCAUUGGCGCAGACGGUGGUCCCUCAUUAGAAACAUCUCAGGCGGAGCCAACUGCCUGCGUCCCACGUGUUCAUACCUCGACGUUUCUGAACAACCUUCAGCAGCAGAUCUCCCCGCUAGUCAAGGCGCAUUACUACCUCUCCCGCUCAAACGCCUUGCCUGUCACUUUCCUCCGCAUUCUCGUCUCCAACUCACCGUAUAAGCACCCUCGACAGCUCCCGGAAACGCUGAUCGACUCCUCAAGGGUAGUCUACGUUGCUUUCCCGGACAGCUGUCCGUUUAUAUACACAUCUAUCCCCUCAUCCCCGGGCUCCAAGGCCGACGCAUCCGCAGUCGCAACAGAUGCUCGGUCCUUACAACGGAUUGUGCGUGAUGCUAUCCCCAAGGCGCUAUCCGCACCGCAAAAUAGAUUCUCUCUAAAAGCGACAAAUCUGACCGCAAAAAGCCUUCAGGCUCUUCUGGCUUUGCGCGGCCCAGGCCGGUCGAACAGAGCCAAUGGAGCAUUUAGCAUUUUCGCCGAUGCCGUGCUCGAAGGCAGUCCAUUGGACCCUAGGCCAUCCAGCACGGUCUCCCCAGAAGAGUACAUGAAUAAAGGAGAUGACCAGGGGAAGGAGAAUAGACAAGGGAACGACCAAGAUCUCAAUGAAUCGCCGAGCUCGCCUCAGAAUACAAAGAGAGCGAGGAAUUCGAAUGCGGAUUCUCAAAUCCCCAAGAAGCGAAAACUCGCCAUUGAUUCUCGUUUCGGCACUGCUGGUUCUUCGUUGUCGUCCGCUCCCUUAGACCGUCUAGACAUCCGUCUGCUAGACAAGCCCGAACCACAAGAUGACACUACAGGCACAGGCAACACGCCUACAGACCUCUCAGAACCUUCUCUCUCUCUCACUUUCGCCGGCUCGGACAUCAUCAGCGGAAUUCGCAAGCUCGCUGAACUAGGCAUUGUCGAUCCAGAGCGCAUGCCGUCUUGGAUGACGGGCGAAGAAGCAGUCAGUGUGGCAGUCAUACAUCGAGGAAUUCGCGUGACGAAGAAUGGUGGUUGA